AUGCCUGCCUCAAGAUUUUACGACAAGGUGCUUUCCUGGCAUGAGGAUUCCGUAACCCCUGUGGCCAACCCUCUGCUCGCAUUUACUCUCAUCAAGCGCCUGCAGUCAGACUGGAGGAACGUGGUACACAGUCUGGAGGCCAGUGAGAACAUCCAAGUUCUGAAGGAUGGUUAUGAGAAAGUGGAACAAGACCUUCCAGCCUUUGAGGACCUUGAAGGGGCAGCGAGGGCCCUGAUGCGACUGCAGGACGUGUAUAUGCUCAAUGUCAAGGGGCUGGCCCGGGGCGUCUUCCAGAGAGUCACCGGCUCUGCGGUCACUGACCUCUACAAUCCCAGACGGCUUUUCUCCCUCACAGCAGAUGACUGCUUCCAAGUUGGCAAGGUGGCCUAUGACAUGGGGGAUUAUUACCACGCCAUCACGUGGCUGGAGGAGGCUGUCAGUCUCUUUCGAGGCUCCUACGGAGAAUGGAACACAGAGGAUGAGGCAAGUCUAGAAGAUGCCUUGGAUCACUUGGCUUUUGCCUAUUUCCAGGCAGGAAAUGUCUCUCGUGCCCUCAGCCUCUCCCGUGAGUUUCUUCGCUACAGUCCAGAUAAUAAGAGAAUGGCCAGGAAUGUCCUGAAAUAUGAAAGGCUUUUGACUGAGCACCCCAAAAGAAUGGUGGCUGAAGCCGUCAUCCAGAGACCCAAUGUCCCCCACCUGCAGACCAGAGAGACCUACGAGGGAUUGUGUCAGACGCUAGGAUCCCAGCCCACUCACUAUCAGAUCCCUACCCUCUACUGCUCCUUGGAGACCAACUCUAGCCCCUACCUGCUGCUCCAACCGGUCCGGAAGGAGGUCAUCCACCUGGAGCCCUAUGUUGUCCUCUACCAUGACUUUGUCAGUGACCUGGAGGCUCAGAAAAUCAGGGAGCUGGCAGAUCCUUGGCUCCAGCGAUCCGUGGUGGCAUCCGGUGAAAAGCAGUUGCAAGUGGACUACCGCAUCAGCAAAAGUGCCUGGCUGAAGGACACCGUUGACCCAAUGCUGGUGACCCUUGACCACCGCAUUGCUGCCCUCACUGGCCUUGAUGUCCAAGCCCCUUAUGCAGAGUAUCUCCAGGUGGUGAACUAUGGAAUCGGAGGACACUAUGAGCCUCACUUUGAUCACGCUACGUCACCGAGCAGCCCUCUGUACAGAAUGAAGUCCGGGAACCGAGUGGCCACAUUGAUGAUCUAUCUGAGCGCGGUGGAAGCUGGCGGAGCCACGGCCUUCAUCUAUGCCAACUUUAGCAUGCCGGUGGUGAAGAACGCAGCACUGUUUUGGUGGAACCUGCAUAGGAGUGGUGAAGGGGACGAUGACACCCUGCAUGCUGGCUGCCCUGUCCUGCUGGGAGACAAGUGGGUGGCCAACAAGUGGAUACACGAACAUGGGCAGGAAUUCCGCAGACCCUGCAGCUCAAGACCCGAGGACUGAACUGUGGGCACAGAGAAGCCGGGGAGUCCUCCUGUGGCUUUCCGGAGAAGCCAGAAGCCACAGCUGGACUAGGAGAGGA